AUGAGACGUCGUGGUCUUGGGGCACUUGAGUUAAAAAAGCGUACUGAUUUUAAAAUUCAACGAGAAAUAUUCAAAACAAAUCUACAAGAAUUUGCGCGUAAAUAUCGUAAAGAUAUACGAAAGGACCCACAAUUUCGAAUGCACUUUCAGAAAAUGUGUAGCAACAUUAAUGUAGAUCCAUUAGCAUCAAAUAAAGGAUUCUGGGCUGAACUCUUAGGCGUUGGUAAUUUCUAUUAUGAAUUAGGUAUACAAAUCAUAGAUGUGUGUUUAUCAACUAGAGUAGGCAAUGGUGGGCUCCUAGAAUUAGGAGAAUUAAAAAGGAGGCUCGAAAAGAUGCGUAAUGCCAGUGGAAGUUCGACAUCUAUACAGGAGAUAAGCGAGGAUGAUAUUAUGCGUUCAAUAAAAACUCUGAAACCAUUGGGAAAUGGAUUUGAGAUCCUGCAAAUAGGAAGCAGAAAAAUGGUGAUAUCUGUACCUCGUGAAUUGAACGUUGAUCAAUCGUCGCUGUUAACAUUAGCUCAAGAAAGAGGAUAUAUAACAAAAGAAAUCGUGGCGUCUUCACUGAGUGGUUGGUCUACAGAGCGUAUAAAUAAUGCGAUCGAUAAUUUGCUUGCGGAUGGUCUGUGUUGGAUCGAUACACAAGCAAAUCCACACGAGUAUUGGGUGUAUAGUUUCUUUGAUGGCAUGGAUGACGAGAAUGUUGAAUAG